CGGCCACCGAAAGGCUUCAAGUAGCGCUGGAGGACGGAGGCAGCGACCGCUCGCCGCGUGUUAUCGCUCGCGCUUCUCUCCCUAUCGCUGCCGUCGUGCUGUUUGUGCGUUGGUGCGUGCGCGAGUUUGUGCACGUCUGUUCUGCGCUGCAUCCCAAGCAGACAAAACGACGAUCGUGUGUCUGUGUGUGCGUGCGUGUGGGUGGACUGUUUGGUGUGCCGUCGGCCCGUGUUCACAUCUCGAGCGCGGGUUGUGCACUUUGCUGGGUGCCGUCUGCUCGGCGGUGAUUUCUCCGGGGCCAUGUUUCUGCCGAGCCUGCGUCGGCGGCGCCGGCUGCGUUUCGCCGUAGACGAAAAGGCGUCAUCGCGUUCGCGGAGGCGUACGCACGGGCACGGUAUCGGCGUCGCCAGCGCCGCCGCUGAGUGAGAGUGCCGCUCUCGCCGGUGCCGGCGCGGCCCAGCCGAAAUCCGGGACCCGUCUACAACAUCAUCGUCGCUUGCCCCGGCGUUGGAGGCGAGUGAGCCGUUCGCCCCUCGCUCAGCUUUCCCGAAAACGACCCCGUGACUGGGAGUAAAGGGAGAGGAGUCAUCGGCCGGCGCGGCGCGGUUCCGGAGAGAAGCGAGAUAAGCCCGGUUCGGUGCUCGGCGCCUGGACGGACGUCGCGCAUCAACAACGAGGACAGCCCGCGUUGUGGUUGCCGGCAGAGUCUUUCGAGGCCGCCAGAUCCGUCCCAAUCGUCCCGUCGUCCGUUCGACUGACGGGUGACCAUCGCGGCGCGGCUCACACCACGUCGUUUAUUGGGCCACUUGCCUCCCCGUUGAAGCAGCGCAGUCCUGGCGGCGGUAACGCUGUCGGGCUGCCCGCACUGCUGCAUGGACGAGGGCCGCUUCUGCGUCCUCUCGGCCUACGACAUGAACGGCCUGCCCUCCUCCCUGGACGCCAGAGGGGGAGGAGGGGGCACGGCCGGCACAAACACCGCGACCGCCAUCACGACUACCGGCGGCGCGGUAACCACCACCUGCACGGGCUCGGUGGGAGGAGCAGACGGCGACCUGGGCUCGAGCUCCACGAGGACCCGCUCGAUGUGCGCCAGGGCCUGUGCCUCCUUUUCCAGGCUUGGGCGGUGGGAGGUGUGGAAGGCGCUGCUGCUCGGUCAAGUUCUGUCGGGCCUCCUCUGCGGCACGGGAGUCACCAGCCAAAUCCUGCAGUCGCAGCACAACCUGCAAAUCCCCACGGCGCAGAGUUUCGUCAACUACGUGCUGCUGUGCGCGGUGUUCACCACGUGGCUGGCGUGCCGGGGCGGCGACGCGGGCCUCAUACCCGUGCUAAGAGCCCGCGGUGGACGCUACUUCCUGCUUGCUUUGGUGGACGUCGAGGCGAACUUCCUGCUGGUCAAGGCCUACCAGUACACCACGCUCACCAGCGUACAGCUGCUGGACUGCUUCACGAUUCCGGUGGUGCUGGCGCUGUCGUGGCUCGCCCUGAAGGUGCGCUACCAUCCGGUGCACGUGCUGGGCGUCAGCGUGGCGCUCCUGGGCGUCGGCUGCCUGGUGUGGGCGGACGCGCACGAGGCGUCCCACUCGGCGGGUCACGUGUCCGCGACGCCCAAUCGGCUGCUCGGCGACAUGCUCUGCCUCGGAGGUGCCGCACUCUACGGCAUUUCCAACGUGGCGCAGGAGGCGUCCGUCAAGCUGUGCGGCACCGUCGAGUUUCUGGGCGCGCUGGGGCUCUUCGGGAGCGUCAUAAACGGCAUACAGCUAGCCUUACUGGAAAAGGAACAAGUGGGCGAAAUUCGAUGGGAUGAUUGGCAAGAAGUGUCUAUGCUACUGGGCUUCUCUGGGUGCCUGUUCCUGCUGUACCUGCUGAUGCCGGUGGUGAUUCGGCUGUCGAGCGCCACUGCCGCGAACCUCUCCAUCCUUUCAGCCGAUUUUUACGCCCUCGCCAUUGGCGUAUUCGUCUUCCAUUACAAGUUCCACUGGCUGUACAUGGUGUCCUUUAGCCUGGUAAUCGCGGGCGUGGCGCUGUACUCGGCCAAGCCGACUCCUCUGGGUCUCGGACACCAGGAGGGGGACUCGGAGGAAGCGCUGGCCUACACACCUUCAGGAGUAGGAGUAGCCGGAGGCGGUUGCCACGUGACCCAGUACGGGUCAUCCGGCACAGAGCACGGCAUGGCGCCUCUUAUCUCCGUGUCGCACGCCGUAAGCGUGCAUGCAUACGGUACGCACCAGCACGAGCCGAGUCCCAAGACCAACGGUGCUGUCUCCUGAUCAUGCGGCUGCCCAGCGCCACCGCCCGCUACGCCAACACCGACGACCAACGUUGCUCAAUGAAUCACCAACGCCACGCGCCUUUCCCUCUGGUUGACGCCGUGGGUUGGUUUGCGCGAACGAACGUAUUUUUAACAUUUGAAGGCUUGGGAACAUCUCGGUGUCAGUGUGGAUCUUAUGGAACCUGCCCGUGUGGCCCUGCCGAAUAACGUGUUCAAAACUGCACUCACAUGCUCUGUAACCGCGCACGUAUGCUCGCUACCGCAUGUGUGAUAAGAAAUAUACUGAACAGGCUUAAUGGCCCUUCAGUGUACUCACAGUUUUGUUCAAUGUGCGAAAGAUACCGGACACCAUUGUGGCAUUUAGGUUGUGUUCCUUGCCUACUGUAUGGUCUCACUGUACAGGAAAAUUGGGGAAAAUUUAAUUUGUUGAUAAAUAAGCAACACGUGUUUUAUUUUCGUAUGCUGAUCCAUUAAGAAAAACAAUCAUGAGUUAUUCAUUGUUUUGUUAUCUUUUGCUCAAGUGAAGUUUUAGGUACGAGUUCAGGAUUGUUGUGCCUGAUAAGAAGCAAUCAGCACUGAGGUUCUUUUUUUUUCUUGCAUCUACUGCAAGAAGGUUUUCUAGGUUGCGAAAGCAAGUUGUCCUGGUGCUUCUGCCAUGUGAACAUGUUAUUGGCAUAAUAAUCGUGGUAUGGCUUGAAAAACAAAAUGACAUGUGUUGCAGAGGAAGCAUGUGUCUUAUUAUUUGUUGUUACCUGGCGUAGUGACGUCAUGUUGUUCAAUAUCUACAUGUAUGACGCACGUAGAUCUGAUCUUGUUAAAAUGAAGAGCUCCUACUAGAUGCCUCUGUUCAAUAUGCAGGCAAAGUUCUGCGAAAUUUUAGCGCUGAUUUGUGUGAGCUAGACGAGUAUUGGGUCUACUAUAGUAAUUGAAUCACCUUUAUUUUUAUUACUGCAAGUUUGUGCGCAAAUAUCGGUGUUCUCUUGCAUAAUGAUGUUUUAUGGUUUUAGAAUGCACGUGUCCUUGGAUUACUUUGACUUCUUCCUGAAUUAAAGAAGGAAUGACAGAGCGUCCCUGAAUUUUAUGUGUUUCACCUAGGGCAUAUUAUCUUUUAUGCCUAAAACCCUCAACAAGGUGUCGAUAGCAGCUGCUCUACAGAAGUUAUGGCUCAAGCAAGCACUCAUCAUGUGCUUGCUAACAUUUAUUGCUUCCGGAAGCGAAUGUUAGAAACGACUGUUAUUAUCAGCCUGUGUAAACUUAAAGGGGAUCAAUAAAUCUCGAGGGGCAUUUUGGGUUCCUUUCGAAUUGGUGAAAUAAUUUUAGCGCCGACUUUAUUCUUGAUGCUGAGAAGUGACUGAUAGGUUGGCUGUUCUCCUUAUGUUGGGACUGAAUAUUACAUAAGUGCAAUAUAUGUUGAAAUAAGCAGAUUUUCUUUGAGCCAGUGUUUUAAAGUUUCAGGAAGUCUACGUAUUGUUUAAAGCGCCGUUAUAGUAGUUUAAGACAAACAAAUAAUGCAGUGUAAAUUAAAAGGCAAUGUUGAUUUUCAGUUUUUUUUUUCCCCCGCUAACUUGCUUCAAGUGAGGUAAGCGUAUUCAAGGUUCCUGUAAAGUUGAUUCUGGCUACCUUUAUAUAAACUUAUUUAUCUGGUUCCACUUUAUGCCUUUAACUUAAGUCUUGAGCGUGAACAAAUGUCUUGCUGUAUGUGCAUGCAUUGUGAUUAGGAAAGCAAUCUUUUCUUAGUUUUUUUUUUUCUUGGCAUUACCCUCGCUGGGUUUUAAACAGUUUUGCCAAGAAUGCUUUCUUCCAUGAUUCAGAGCUGCAAUUGGGCACGUGUUUCAUCUGCUUCAAUAGAGAAGCAUAUAAGAGCCAAGCGCUGUCCUUUUAGUUGAGUCGGUGGUAACGCCGAUUUUCUUUGAUACCACCUAUGCAGUACGGGUGCAUAAAAAUUUUGUAUCGUAUUUUUGAUCGCCACAAGUGCGACCGCUGCACUAUAGCAGGCCUUGCGGAUGGGAUUCGCAUGGAAUUUGCCUGUCCCAUGAUGGGAAGAUUUUGCAGCUUCCUUCACUGACGGAUGAAAACAUUAGUAUCGUCGAAUUUUGGGGGAUUUUUGCUCGUAGCGAGAGGAGUACGUCACUUGAUCUGAGCCGCUUCACCAUGUUUUAGGAAUAUUGACAAUUGUCUGGUGGUACUACAUUAAACUUUUAUUCGGAACUGUGAUCGCGUGUCAAGCUUCCGAAACGUUUAUUGGUCAGAUUGAUGGGCGAAUUUUCGAGAUACAGCAAUUCUACCAAUACCAAUACCAGUGCAUUUAUGUUCUAAUGUUGUUCACGGUAUGUGAAAGAACGACAAAGUGAGAAAGUGAUCGCUAAACAUCGUAUAAAAGUGCAUCUGUUAUAAAACAUGUUCCUUAAAAGGUAAAAGUUGGAAAAACUAAAUUUGAGCGCGCGCUGUUUAAGUACCCUAAAGUAAAUACUGCCCGCUAAAACGGGGAUUAAAGGAAUGCACUGAAACGACAUUCUGACAUUUCAGUACCUUCUUUUCAUUCACGUUUUACUGCAGUGCUUCCUACUUCACACUGAUGUGCAACAACUGGCCUGACACAAUGCUGUACUAUAUUUACUAGCUUGGCUCUAAAAGCACUUACACAUUGAAAGAACUUGCGCCGUAAUUUGCAAGCGUAAGCCGACGCAAAUCAUCAGCUUCGGAGCUGGCUACUGCUCACUGACAGCUUCAUUAGCGAAUGCAUGCCACCAUUCUUGAAGCGUUUUGCUUACUUAGUGCACAAAGAAACGAGUAAUAAUUACGCCAUUCCAAGUAUCCCCGGAUAAUACGGGUUGCCCAUGAAAUCACGUAGCAAACAAUACUAAUUAGUUUGAGGCGCCCACCGCGAAGCGUAGUGUAAUGUGUUUUGAUGGCAUUAAUAGGAUCCCGGAAGCUGAAGGCUCGAUUCAUGGUAAAGUGUAAUUUAUUCACGCAACACCACUAAUGCAAUGCAAGAAAACCUUGUCGGUGGCGAGCUGCUAGUCUUUCAGAAGCCGGUAUGUUUUGGUGAGUCCGGAUGGGAGCGGGAGAAAUGAGCCAGAAAGUGAAAAUAAGGAUAGUUUUGAAGCUAUAUCGAUUUCUGCCUGUGUGUGAGCUAGAACGCCGCUGCAGAACGGCUUUCAUAGCCUUCGUAGCUUUCGCAGCCUGAGAAAGAAGAGCCAUUUUCCAUCGUUUGUCCUACACACUCGCAGAACUGAUUGGCAGAUAAUUAAUGGGAAAUGCACUAUACAAAGGAAGCUCUUUUAUUUCGAGCUUUUUUUCUUUCUCUUAUUUUCAUGUUUCUAUGUCUGCUGCUAAGUCAUGGGCGGUUGUGAGAAGGUUCUUUCUUGACCGCACUCUCUCUCUCUCUCUACGCUUCUUCUUCUUUCCUUUCUUGUCAUCUGCGCGACGAACGCCGACGGUCAGCCAAUAAGUUAGUUGGAGCCUUAUAUUACACCUUAACAAAGUUCACUGACAGCUUUCAGUCUCGUUUGAGAGGUAAAAAUAACUCAGCGUCAAUGUGUAACGGCUCUCUCUCGAAAACAUCUUUACUUUUGACUCAUUUCGCAGCAAAGCUCGUGAAUGCGGCAAAAUGCGAGGACUUCGCGAUGAAAACUUUUUGGUUAGACAUCGCGGAAAAAGCACGAGAGUAUGCAUAUCAGUGAAACUACUGCUGGAAUUAAAGCAUUUGCGAAUGUUCUACGACAUCGGAGCAAACAAACAAAAAAAGGAAUAAUAGUAGUUUUUUUUAAUUGCUCGAAGCAAGUUGCAGGAAAGGUAAUGUGUGGCGAAAGCCUAUUUUGUGCUUAUCAAGCAUUGCGUAUUAGUGUAUCGAUCGAAACGAGCCAUGCAUACAAAACGUACAUUUGAAUGCGUAAGCAUUGUGUUGCGAGUACCCCAGCAAGAUCUCUUUGUCAUGCGAAAAGUUUAAUGCCUCCUAUUUGUACAAAAAUGCGUAGUUUGUGAAGUUAACACGUUUCAUCGUUGCAGUAGUGUAAAUCACACAGAAAAACCGUUACAGUCAGGUUGCCUUGAAAGCUUACUUUAUCGCGUAAUGGGCCCGUCUCCAGAGAAGCCUGCUGUGGGGCUGCUGAAUAUAAAAAUGACUGAUUUAUACAUCUCAUAAAAGUAUAAUAAUAGUAGUAUAAUAACAAUAAUAAUAGUAACGAAUGAUUGGUCGAGUUAAAUGAAGUGGGCAAACUCGCCGUCGCCGCGUUAAUGCCGUAACAAAAGAAAAAAAAAAAGAGGAAAGAAAAUCAAAUAUCACUGACCAUGCUCUCCGUGUACAUAUGGUUGACCAGCGAAGCUGAGGCAUGCGACCCCGGUUUUCGUAACUAGGUUAAUCGCGACGAUUCAUGAAAUGACGACUUCGUAGGCUGCCUGAUCCUCGGUAGACGAUGGCUGCUUGCGCUCGGCUGCACCAGCCUUAUCUCGUACCCGGCUGCAGCAUCGGCACGGAGUAGACGAGCUCGUUUGCGGUUCUGCUAGCGGCAUUGCUAAUCGAAAGCUGUCUGCUGCUCAGGAGUACGUAUGAUGCGUGGCCUGCCCAUUUCGGAGACUGAUAUAAACAGCUGCGCGCGCGCUCGGCUGCGAUGGAGAGCAACGACGUCACUAUUGGCGCAGCCAAUCGCGCGCCUCUCUUUCUCUGUUUUUCUCGCGCAUGCAGGAGCUUUCGGCGUACAGGCGAGAGACGGACGGACGGACGAGUCGUCUAGACAUAUAGAGUUUCCCUGUAAAAAGGCAAGAAAUAGCCGUGGUGAAACCGGUUGUCACGGCGCUCGGGCUCAAUUGAUGCGGUCGCUUUGAAGGGGCUAUGCAGCUUCCUGGCAACUCACCUCCAGAACGUUCAGUACACGCAUUUCAUUUGUUUAUCACGGGAAAAGCACUGGGUAGACAUGCAUGAGCCAGGAGAAACAAACAAGUACGCAGAAGCGAAGUAGCAGCCGAGCUAAAGAAUGCUUGCGCAUUAGUAUAUAAUACUUGGAAUUUCUACAGCGCUUUCUUGAUGCACUGCUCUAAUGGUGGUAAUGCGGGAUUUGUGUCGGAAGUUUGUCCAGCUUUCCGAGAGACUUGCUUAAUGUAUAUCGACCUACUGUACUUAUUUGAGCCGUUCUCUACGACAGCAAAAAUUGACUUUUUUUUUUUCGGAACCAAGCUCGACUUGUGUCAUCCCACAAGAAAACGGGCGGAUGCGACGCCUUUCAGCGUGUGCUUCUCAAAGUAGUCUUACUGAAUCAAAGCUCGUGUUUCCCUGGCAAAGGUACCGCAGAGGAAGGCGCACUCGUUUUGACUGUUUUGUUGAAGUAUAACAAUAAAUAGGAGAUAUGUGGAAGUGACGGCGUCCACCUCUCGAAUUCCUGCGACUGUAUGAAACAAAUUGCCCUGCCGUCCGAUCGUGUAGGACUCUCGAUGAACCACCUCUCCGAGUUCGAUUUGUUAGAUGUACUUGUACGCAUGUUCUUGAAGGUGACGGUGUGUCCAGUUGUGUCGUGUCGCGCAUCAACCAUUCCUGCACAUCAGAGACCACAGUUCUUUUCGUGGGAGUAUGUCAGCGCAAAUGGCUACCACCGACCUUCCGAAAGCCUUCGUUCCGAUUUGAAUCGGCAGAACUUCGUGGGGGGCCGCGUUCUUCGCGUGAAUCGCCGCGAUAUGUACACGUGCCCCGAUUCCGCCAGUAGAACGUUUAUUGAGCACUGACCGGUGUGUCUUUCUUUUUUUGUAGUGCGGUAUUUACGACUGAUGUGAAUUUAUGAGUGCGUAAAUAUUCUGAUGGCUCAAUGUGUUAAAUUGGUUCGCACGCCACGCAAUUUCAUGUUAUCUGCUGCGUAUCUUCUGUUUCAUUUUUGUGUCAUGUGGUUCGCAAGACGCGCUUUAACUGCGCCCAACUGCUUCAUUUUGGUUAGAUGUACGCUGUUAAAUAUAUGGUCGCCAUGUGUCUGUGUUAAUUUCUGUCGCUUCACACUACUGUGCCAUAGUUGCGUUCGUUGUUGCAAUUUUGAAUCAAAACUUGUGCAAUAAAGCUCAGAACAAACGCGAGAAGGUUCGACAUCAACCGUGCUGCGAGGUUUGUGAACAGCUGUUCUUGCGAAAACUCUGUGAACGCUGCCUAUGGGCAAUGCGGAACUGUUACUUGUACAUAUGCCAUGGAACACUCGGGCUUAGGUGGGAGGAGAAUGUUAUUUCUUGUUUCUCGAGCAUAUGUAGAAUAAAUUACAGUUCUUUUUAUCGAAA